GCUUGGUACUGGGGCUAGAGCCACGACCAGAACUGCACUGAUGCCCUCAAAUGUGCAUUGGCGCUGGACUUUGACGUGACUCUGCCAAUCAGCCACCAUAGACAUCUCUCAGGCUAGAUACAUGAUCAUGAACAGUCUACCACCAUAGACAUGGGAUGUGGAACCUCCAUCGCAACUGAGGACCAGGGGAAGACAUGGGAGAAAGAUGAGUCCACAAAGGCCAGCAGCCCAGCACUCACCAUGAAGGCAGCCAUCUUGAUUCAGCGCUGGUACCGGCGUUACAUUGCUCGGCUAGAAAUGAGGCGCCGGUACACCUGGAGCAUCUUCCAGUCUAUCGAGUAUGCCGGUGAACAGGACCAGCUACAGCUCUCCAGUUUCUUCAGCUUCAUGUUGGACAACUUUGCUCAUCUGAAUGGGAAUGGCCCAGAUCUGAGCUCACCUCUCCUGGACCCCUCAGAUGACCCAGUGAGGGAGGAGGGGAGGUGGGCUGAGUAUGAGCGGAUCGAGGUGUCCGACUCGUACAACGGCCCCCGCUUGUCCUUCCCCCUCAGCGUGCGUGAUACAAACGCUCUCCUCAGUGCUUUCAAGGAACAGCAGACUCUUCAUGCCAGAUAUGUCUUGCAGUUAUUGCACCAGACAAAAAAAUUCCUAAAACAGAUGCCAAAUGUCAUUCAUCUGUCGACAUCGUACUCCAAAGAGAUCACAAUCUGUGGAGAUUUGCAUGGAAGGCUUGAUGAUUUACUGCUCAUAUUCUAUAAGAAUGGGCUUCCUUCUGCUGAAAACCCGUAUUUGUUCAAUGGAGACUUUGUGGACCGAGGGAAGAAAUCGAUGGAGAUCAUCAUCAUCCUGUUUGCCUUCCUCCUCCUGUAUCCAGACCACAUGCACCUGAAUCGGGGGAACCAUGAGGACCACAUCAUGAACCUGAGGUAUGGAUUUACAAAAGAAGUUAUGCAGAAAUAUAAGACUCAUGGGAGAGAUAUCCUGCAGCUGCUGCAAGACAUCUUCAGCCUGUUGCCUGUGGCAACGGUGAUUGACAGCAAGGUGCUCAUUGUCCAUGGAGGCAUCUCUGACAUGACUGAUCUGGACUUUCUGGGCUCCAUAGAGAGACACAAGGUAAAGUCUGCUCUCAGGCUGCCCAGGAGCAGUGUUGACAACCUCAAGGUGGUCCAGGGGGGGAAGCUGAACAGCCUGUACUCUAAGAGCAGCAGGAGCAAAGGCCUUGAGACAAGGAGAAAUCAGCUGAUGAGGCAAAGCAGUGGCUCAUCUUCCUCAUCCUCCUCCUCCUCUUCGCUGUGUUCUCCGCGUGUCUCUUCUCGCAACAGGCAUCGUGCCCAGCUAUCUCCCAGCAUGCUCAGCCCCACCCACGUUGCCCAGGUGCCCUUCCUGGACUCCAUGGUUUCUAUUGCGCAUCCAACGCCACCAAGGGAGGAAGUGGAAUGGAAGCAGAUUGUAGAUUUGCUGUGGAGCGACCCAAAAAACCAGAACGGCUGUACACCCAACACCUUCCGAGGGGGCGGCUGCUACUUUGGGCCUGACGUGACCCGUAAACUCCUGAAGAAGAACGGACUGAGCCUUUUGAUCCGAUCCCACGAGUGCAAGCAAGAGGGCUACGAGGUGUGCCACGAUGGCCAGGUGAUCACCAUUUUCUCUGCCUCCAACUACUAUGAGGAAGGCAGCAACCGUGGGGCCUAUAUCAAGCUGGGCCCAGACCUGGUCCCUCGUUUCUUCCAGUAUCAAGUCAGCCACUGCACAAGAAAGCUCACACUACACCAGAGAGUGAGUGUGGCUGAGGGCUCAGCUCUGAAGGCCCUGAAGGAGAAGUUGUUUACCCACCGCUCGGAGCUGAUGGUUGCCUUUCAACAGUAUGACAAAUACAACACAGGCAAGAUCUCCACCAGUGAGUGGGCCCAGGCUGUGGAAUCAGUGCUGAGGAUGGACCUGCCCUGGCGGACCCUGAGGCCACGGCUGGCACGCCUUGCCCUGGAUGGCAGUGUGGAGUACUUGUCCUGCUUUGAUGACAUUUGCCUGGGCCAGUCUAUACCCCAGGUUACACAAAACCUUGCAGAAACAUUGUACAGAUACCGGACUGACCUUGAGAUCAUAUUCAAUAUCAUUGACAAAGACCAUUCAGGUCUGAUCUCUAUCGAAGAGUUCCGUCAGACUUGGAAUCUUUUCAGCUCCCAUCUGAGAGUACCCAUAGAAGACAGUGCCAUCGAUGACCUGGCUCGCAGCAUUGACUUCAACAAGGAUGGCAGCAUCGACUUCAACGAGUUCCUGGAGGCCUUCAGGGUGGUGCACCGGCUGGACACCAAGGACCAGCAGCAGGGGUGA